AUGAAUGUCAAUCCCACGAAAGUAGAUGAAGAUUUCAAUGAAAGAAUCUCAAUCGAUGGUCGAAUCUUUUUUGCGGGCACAGAUAAAGCUCGCGUAAUAUCAGAAAUCCUCGAACAACGCGGCUGGUCCAGAACAAAAGAUCGCAAUGUAACCAACUUUACUAUCAAAUGGUGUUUGGCAAAUCAAGUCGAUUGGACGAAAUUUCAGGAGGGAAAACAAUUGAUCAAUAACAUACCUGGACAAUUAGCUUUUUCAGAUAAGAUCAAUCUUUGGUAUACAGUGCGGGAUUACUUACAAAAGCGAUAUACACAAAAUGGCAAACAUAUGCAAACUUUUCUUGCAAUGACAUUUGUUUUAGAUGACGAAAAUGAAGUGGCUGAAUUCCUACGUGUCUAUAAAAAACAAAACCGAACAUGGAUAUAUAAACCUCGCUAUAACUAUGCUGGCCGAGGAAUUACCGUUCUACCUGUCCAUAGCGAUCUAAGUACAAUAUUCAAGUUGAAAGUCGGGGGGAAUACACGCUGUCCGUAUGAAUCUAGAUUACCUGGAUAUCUAAUGCAACAAUACAUUUCUCGACCGUUACUGAUAAAAGGUCGAAAAUUUGAUAUACGUGUACAUUGGUUGGUCGCAUGGACAAAACCGUUAUUAGUUUUCUACAAUCAUAAUGCGUCUGUUGUUCGUCUAUCGUUGAAUCUUUAUCGAGAAUUUGACUGUGAUCGUACUACACACUUAACGAAUCUGUCAGUACAAGAAAGUCAUUCUCGGUAUGCGUUUUUACAAGAGUCAACGGGAAUGACGAUAAAUCAACUAAAUUAA